UUGUUGACUCAACAUGCUUUAGCUAUUCUACUUCAAAAACGUCUUAAAUUGUUCAUUUUUUUUUAAGAUAAAACAAAGUGAUCAGGAUGAUGCGGCAGUAUUGGCCAAGUUAAAAGAGGAUGCCAAAAAAGAAGAGUCCGGUGAAGCUUCGUCCUCAUCAUCGUCAUCAUCGAAGGUACAAAUGCGGUCGGUUUGGCGGUAUUUGGUGCGAUUUGCAGCUCCUUCAACGGCAUGUUUAGUGCUGUCGCGUACCUAUUGCACCGGGGGAGGUAGUGGACGGCCGCAAAUGUUUCAGCUUGAGCACAUAAGGAAAAGGCUGGAAAUUACUGCACCCCAAUUCUUUCGGCAGCAGCCCGACUAUACAUUUUAUAGGCCUAAUGUGGAAUACAGGGAUGAAAUAUUUCAGGCCAAUUUUGUAGGCCGCGAGAAACUUAUGGCUUAUUUUGGUGCAAUCAGUGUUAUUUGUCAGUUCUGCUAUCCACACGUCGAAAUGGAGGCUAGUCUUUUGAAGCACUGUCUAUGGCUUAUUUGUCUUGUGCUGAGUAUAUUACCAGUUUCGGAAGAUGGAACAGUGCGAUUGAGGUGGCGAGUGAAAUAUGUUUCACUGAUACGAGCAAUCUUAGAUCCAAAACUUUUCAAAUAUGACAAUCGUAUAAAAAAGACCAUGGAAGAUGAAGAUCGACAAGCUGCGCCGAACAAUCGGCUAGCGAACUUAGCCGAGAAGGUCGGAGUGCUCCCAAAAGGUGCCACUGUGAUGUUUGAUUGGCCGACAUCACGAAUUGUAUAA